GCGGGCGCGGGGAGGGAGGGCAAGGAGCCUGCGGGAGGGAGGAUGAAGAGGAGCUGGCGCAGUGCCGGCUGGCCACCCCGGGGCGGCAGGGACGGGGCUGCGGGGCCGAGCCCCGCACCUCCAGGCCAGUGACACGGGGCCGGGCCCCCGGACAUGCCGUAAGCGCUGUGGUUAGUGGGGAGGCUUCGGAUCAGCCAGCGUUUGCGGGGAGCUGCCGGGAAGAGCUUAUUCCAUGUCGGAGCAGCAUCGGCACCCUCGCCCCGUGCCACCCGCUCCCCCUGUGCCCCGGCCAGCCCAGGAGAGGAGAGGGAGGGCUCACAGAGAGCAGCUGAAGCAGAGGAAAAGGUGACCAGGAUGCUGCACCAUGGGAAGCACUGGAGGUCCAUGUGCAAGGGGCUCGUCCUGGGGACCCUCCUGACUAGCUUCAUGCUGCUGCUUUACUCCUACGCCGUCCCUCCACUCCAAGUCAGCAUGGCAGAGAUCCCCAUCUCCUCCUCCUGCUCCUCCUCCGCAGCCCCCGGCAAGGCUCCGGCCGUGGCGGCCAACGGCACGGGCAGCGCGUCGGGCCAGAGCUGCGUGCCCAAGGUGAACAUCAUGUUCAUGAAGACGCACAAGACGGCCAGCAGCACCAUCCUCAACAUCCUCUUCCGCUUUGGUGAGAAGCACCGCCUCAAGUUCGCCUUCCCCAACGGCCGCAACGACUUCUACUACCCCGCGUUCUUCGAGCGCAGCCAAGUGCAGCGCUACCGGCCCGGUGCCUGCUUCAACAUCAUCUGCAACCACAUGCGCUUCCACUACGAGGAGGUGCGCAAGCUCCUGCCGGCUGACACCACGUUCGUGACGGUGCUGCGGGACCCUGCCUACCUCUUCGAGUCCUCCUUCCACUACUUCGGGCGCAUCAUUCCCCUCACCUGGAAGCUCAGCGGGGACGACAAGCUGGCGGAGUUCCUCCGGGACCCUUGGCACUACUAUGACCCCAACGGGUUCAAUGCUCACUACCUCCAAAACCUCCUCUUCUUCGACUUGGGCUACGACAACAACAUGAACGCCAACAGCCCGCUGGUGGAGGAACACAUCCAGGAGGUAGAUCAGCGCUUCCACCUUGUCAUGUUGCUCGAGUACUUCGAUGAGUCGCUGGUGCUGCUGAAGGAGCUGCUGUGCUGGCAGCUGGAAGAUGUCCUCUACUUCAAGCUCAAUGCCCGGAAGGGCUCCACUGUGUCCCGGCUGACACCUGAGCUCUACGAGAAAGCCACCUCCUGGAACCUCAUCGACACCAAGCUCUACCGCUAUUUUAAUGCCACCUUCUGGCGUAAAGUGGAGGCCUACGGGAGGGAGCGGAUGGCCAAGGACGUGGCUGAGCUGCAGCGAGAGAAUGAGAAAAUGAAGAGCAUCUGCAUCGAUGGGGGACACCCUGUGGAUGCCAGUGCCAUCCAGGAGUCCUCCAUGCAACCCUGGCAGCCCCUGGGGGAGAAGUCCAUCCUGGGCUACAACUUGAAGAAGAAGAUCAACAAGAAGCACCGGAAGCUGUGCCGCAAGAUGCUGACGCCCGAAAUCCAGUACCUGACCGACCUGGGGGUCAACCUCUGGAUCACCAAGCUAUGGAGCCGUGUGAGGGACUUCCUCAAGUGGUAGGGGGUGGCGGGGGUCCCGCUCUCCCCCUGAAGGAACCAGGUGCUUUCCUUUUUCUUACUCAUGGUGUCUGUUGGUUGGACAUGAGCAGAACCCACUGGAGGCCCCGGCGCAGGGGGAUG